AUGGAGUCUAACGCAACUACAAACGGCGACACUGUGCAAGACAUAUUUGGCGAUGAAGAGAUCCAGGUAGUCUUGACUAUCAAACUGGCUCGGAUCAACGAAGCGUCCAUUCGAAUUAGAGAGCACCUCGCUACUACUAGCCAGCCCCCACUUGAACAAAAUAGUUUGGCUUUGCGGUACUUUGCUACACAGCACGCGCGCGACCAGAUGGAACUCAACCAACAGUCCCCGAGCACGCAGCCUAUCGUGAACUCAGUGCUGUCGACGAGGCUCGCCGCGAAAUGGCGCAUGAGCAACAAGCUGAGCGAAGGCGACUGGAUCGCCGCUUUAGAACGGCGCCCUCAUAACGCCGAUAUACCGAUGAACAUUCCGGCAAACAAUAUGGAGGAUGAAGAUCAUCAGUAG